AUGGAGUGCCCUGGAUUCGAAUCCUUGCUCAGCCCCAGGAUCUCACCGGGACUGCUCCUGCGGCGGGCCGGCUGCCUCCGGCGGUGCUUGCCCGACGGAACCUCCCGCUACCAGCUGGGCGAGGAGACGGAGCUGGAGUUCAGCAAGCGCACCCCGUACAACUACCUCCAGGUGGCUUAUUUCAAGAUCAACAAGCUUGACAAGGCCGUGGCGGCCGCCAACACCUUCUUCGUGGCCAACCCGGGCCACGUGGAGAUGAGGCAGAACCUGGAAUAUUACCAGAUGAUGGCCGGCGUCAAAGACUCCGACUUCAUUGACCUGGAAGCCAAGCCGCACAUGGAAGAAUUCCGUCUGGGCGUGAGCUAUUACACGGAGGAGGAUCCCCAGGCAGCCAUUGUUCACCUGGAGAAAGCACUGGAAGAUUACUGGGCAGCCGACGCGGAGUGCCGAGCCCUGUGCGAAGGGGCGUACGACUACGAUGGCUACAAUUACCUGGACUACACCGCCGACCUCUACCAAGCAAUUGUUGAUCAUUACACACAAGUAUUGAGUUGCAAACAAGGCUGUGCCACAGAGCUGGCUUCUCAGGCUGGUCGUGACAAGCCCAUCGAGGACUUCCUCCCAUCUCAUUUCAACUACCUUCAGUUUGCAUAUUACAACAGUGGCAACUAUGAGAAGGCCAUUGAAUGUGCCAAAACUUAUUUACUCUUUUUCCCCAAUGAUGAAGUCAUGAAACAAAAUCUCGCCUACUACUCUGCUAUGCUGGGAGAGGAUUUGGCUAAACCCAUACGUCCCAGAGAGAACGUCGAGAUAUACCGGCGGCACAGCCUGCUGGAGAAGGAGCUGCUCUUUUUCGCCUACGAUACAUUUGGCAUCCCUUUUGUGGACCCGGACACAUGGACGCCAGCUGAGGUGAUCCCGAAACGCCUGAGAGAUAAACAGAGAGUGGAGCGCGAGACCGCUGCCCGUAUCUCCGAAGAGAUUGGGAACCUGAUGAAAGAGAUCGAGACGCUGGUCGAGGAGAAAACCAAGGAGUCCUCAGACAUGAGCAGCCUCGUGCGGGAAGGAGGACCCUUGUUGUACGAUGGACUCAGCGUCACCAUGAACUCCAAACUGUUGAAUGGAUCCCAGCGUGUUGUGGUGGAUGGUCUCCUCUCUGAGGAAGAGUGCAGGGCCCUCCAGAGGCUAACUAAUGCAGCUGCUACUGCUGGAGACGGUUAUCGUGGGAAAACGUCUCCUCACACACCAAGUGAGACAUUUUAUGGCGUGACUGUCUAUAAAUCUCUCAAGCUUGGACAAGAGGGCAAGGUACCGUUGCAGAGCGCCUACCUCUAUUUUAAUGUGACCGAAAAGGUCCGGCGUGUGGUCGAGUCCUAUUUCCGCUUGGACGUGCCGCUCUACUUCUCGUACUCCCACCUGGUCUGCCGGACGGCGAUCGAAGAUAAACAGGAGGACAGGGCAGAUCCGAGUCACCCUGUACAUGUGGACAACUGUAUCCUUAAUGCAGAGGCUCUAAUAUGCGUCAAAGAGCCACCAGCGUACACAUUUCGGGACUACAGUGCCAUCCUCUAUUUAAAUGCUGACUUCGAAGGAGGAGCCUUUUACUUCACGGAGCUGGAUGCCAAAACGGUGACGGCAGAAGUGCAGCCCCAGUGUGGCCGGGUGGUGGGCUUCUCCUCUGGCUCGGAAAACCCUCACGGUGUGAAGGCCAUAACCAAGGGCCAACGUUGUGCCAUUGCCUUGUGGUUUACCCUGGACCCACGCCACAGUGAACGGGAGAGAGUCCAGGCCAGUGACCUCGUACGGAUGCUCUUCCACACAGAAGAAACCGAGCUACCUCCAGAGCAGGCGCCGGCGGCUGAGCAACUCCAACCGGGCCCGACAGAAGCUCCCGGAGAGAAAACAGCUGCAGGAAAAGAUGAACUGUAGGCUUCUUUCUGCCUCCAGAGAACAACAAGAACCUCUAGGGAAAGAAAAAGAGAGAGAGAAAAAAACAGCCUGUGGAUUGAGGCCCCUUAAAUGAGCAACUUUGCAUCAAGGAUAUAGUGUUCUUCAGGGGAACAGUUGCUCAACAUCAGCAGAUGUUCAUCUUUGUUGUUGGGGAGAGUCCUUUCUGGUUACACACAAAGACCCCAAUUUCUCUGUUUCUCCAAGUCCACCCUGGCAUGAAACGGAAGAGUGUGUUUUCCCACCGUUCACCAAUCUCGCCUCCCGCCAUGAGGUUUCCACAGAGCUCCGAGCUUCAAAAGUCAACAUUCCAAAUUAAGCGCCUGUUUGCCUUCUGCUGACCAAUCACGAAACAAAGCAUGCUAAAUACAAGAUACGGCGGGUGAGG